CCUCCUCCUCCUGCUGCUGUCUCUGCUGAUGUGCGCUCUCUGACAGAUUCUCACAGUCUGUGUCGACUACAGGACUAAGCACUGACUUCUGCCUGCUGUCACACACGCUUCUAACAGUGAACUAGUUCUUGACCCCAUGAGAGGGUCCUCCGUGUCACAAUGAGAACCCCCUACGUGUUCCUAUUGCUUUACUCGGCCUUAUCAGGCCCAGGUGUUUCGUGGGUACAAGCACAAAAUGAUACCUGCAACGCCAGCGGCAGCCUUUCACAGCAGCAAUGUGGCCAUGGUUCUGACUCCACCUCCAGGUUCCUUCAGUGUGCGGGGGUUCCGUCCGGGCCUCUAGCUGGACCUCACCAUGUCAAGAACCUGGUGAACCUGCUGGAUGCUGCACUGGACGUCUACUCUUUCAUGAGGUCCACCCUGAGCCAGGGCCCGGUGCUGGAGGUGUCGGGUGGGAUCCAGCUGACCCCCGAGGGCCUGGUGAGCGAGGCGGACGUGCUGAAGGUGUGGCUCGAGGUGAAGAUGAAGCCGCUCCUCUCCUCCAUCUCCCAACAGUUCCUCCGCUGCCUCGCCAAUAAGAACCUCAGCUGCGAGGCCUACCACACUGUGGUCAGUGAGAUGAGUGAACACUUCUCUGGAAUGGACCCGGUACGGCAGAAGUGGAUCUACAUGUUUUUCAUGUAUCCCUUCCUGUCUGAUAACAGAACAGCGGGCUGUAUGCACCUGACCAACGGCAGUGAGGACUGGCUGAUGAAGAACUUCGGGUCAUUCUCCGUCAUGGCAACCAUGAAAGAUCUCACAUCGCUCAACAUGGUCUUCAGUGGGUUGGACGUGCUCCACCUGCUGACGCCAGAGCAGAGGGCAGAGCUGCUCCUGCAGCCGGGGGUGGAGGGGCUGGACGAGGGCGUCCUCACCCUGGUGUUCGACAGCCUGCUGGAGCCCCUGCUGCCGCCGCGACCUCCGACCGCUGGUCCUCCUCCUACUGGCUCCACCUCACCUGGGCCACACCACACUCAGCACUACCCCACCACUUACAGGGACCCAGCCAGAGAGGUGGCCGAUGGAUUCAUGGCUGUCUUGACACCCGUGGGAAGCUUUGCCAAGCACUUUGUUUCCUUCACAAAUCAGCACAAUCUCUCCACCGUACGAAGCACCACUCUUAUCCAGGCCAUGCUCAACUGGACCUUGGCAGAACUGGCCGCUCCAUACAAGCAGAACAACAGCACCACUCCGGACCAGGUGGACUUUGACCCGCUGGACGUCAACGACUGGUUCCAGCAUGUUGUGGUUCCGGUUCUGAGACGGUACCUGCCCGGAGACCAGAUGGAGAUCCCGCAGAACAUCACCGCCGUGUUCCACAGCCUGUUCCACAUCCAGACCGGUUUGGACCCUGACUCAGAGGAGACCGACUCUGGUUCUGAUAUCUGCAGUGUGUCCAUUGAUGAGAGUUCUUGUGCUCUCACUGAUGCAGUGGAGGAGGUAGCUCGUGUCAUGCACUGUGCAGCCAAGACCAAGCUGAGUCUGACGGAGGAGACGCUGAUGAGCCUGGUGAUGGAGCUCGCCUACAGCCUCAACUCACUCACCCAGGAACUCGCCCAAAUGAACUUCACCUCCCCUGACUCUCCAUUCUUCGGAAUCCUCGACAACAUUAUCUCCGGUCCCCUGACGCAGGACAACCUCCGUGACGUGUCCUUCAUCGAGCUGUGGUUCCAGAUCAAGAUGCGGCCCCUGUUGCCCUCCCUCACCCCAGAGUACCUGUACUGCCUCAGUGGCAAAGGAUUCAGCUGUGAAACCUACCAGGCCCUUGUGAGGGCGCUGGGUGAUCACAUGUCCGACAUGCCUGAGAGGGGACCUGAGAUGGUCCUUGAGAACUUCAUCAUUCCUUUCCUCUUCAACCCCAACCAUACAGACCCUGGCUGUGUGAGAUCGGCGGAGAACAGCACUGACUGGAUGAUUAAGAACAUGGGUCGCUUCGCCCCUCUGUCUACACUUAUGGACAUGUAUCAGCUCAACCCCGAGUUCUCUGCAGUGGAAGUCAUGCCCCUACUGUCCCCCAGACAGAUGGCAGAGCUCAUGGUCGUUCCCCUCCCAAGGCUGCCGCCGAAACAAGAGGUGGUUGACCUCGUCUUCGACCACCUCUUGGAAGACCCCAUUGGAAGGGCCUUGCCUGAAGUCCUGGAGCACGUUGUGGAACUCAGCCAUGAUAUGGGAAUGGAUUGUGAGACCUACCAGAUCAUGGUGGAACGACUGUAUGAUGACUUGUGGUCUGUGCCACGCAUGAUGGAACCACAGAUCUGGGCAGCAAUCCACAACAUGAGACAACCUGCAUACUGUCCAUUGCCUGUGUUCGAUUGUCCUGUGAUACACUUUAAUGAGAGCAGAAUGUGUGAUGGAUUCAACAGCUCAGAGCUGCAGCUCCACCUGGAGGCUGAAUAUGUACCCUGUGAAUAUAGUCUAAUGGAGUAUGCCUGCUCAGAGCUGACAGGAUUCUCUGCACAUAACCUGACCCACCUCCUGAUGUGCAAGCUGUCCAGCAACAUGACCUACUCCAAGGAGACCUGGAAGCUGCUCCUCACCAAGACCUCAGAUGUUCUGGAUGAAGCUCUCAUCAUGUUCUCACGCAUGGCCUCCAACAUGUCUCAUCCUCUGAUUGGCCGGUCUGUGGCCAAUUUCCUGGACGUGCUGCGCGACAUGCGACUGGACCGGUACAGCCAAGAGCAGUGGCAGGACGCUUCCUUCGUGGCGUCGCUGUUGAACGGCACUCUGCGUCCAUUCCUGCCCGCCGCCUCGGGAGGUUUCCUGCACUGCCUCACCACCAAGAACCUCACCUGUGAAACCUACCAGCAAAUAUUGAGACCGUUUGUGCACCGGUUCCACCACAUGGAGGAGCCUCGUAGGAGGAUGGUGCUGGAGUCUUUCAUCCUGCCCUACCUAAGCAGCAACUCCUCAGGACAUGCGUGUGCCCUUAAUGACAGCUAUCAUUGGCUGCAAAGCAACUUUGGACCUUUCUCCCUCCUCGUGGAGCUUGAGGAUCUAUUUGAGCUCAACAUGGCCUUUGAUCCGCUGGAAGUGCUGGAUCUUCUCAGUCCAAAGCAGAUGGCGGAGUUGAUGGUUCUGCCUCUCCCUCAUGCCCAAGGGAAAGAGGAGGUCAUCAACACAGUGCUGGAUCACGUACUGGAGUCACCCGUGGAGAGGGAACUCCCGGAAGUUCUUGGUCACACCAUUGUCCUUGCCACACAGGAUGAAGCACCUUGUGAGUUCUACCAGGCAAUAAUCCCAAGGCUGAGUGCAUCUCUGAGAUCAGUACCAAGAGAUCUGGAGCCCCUUAUCAGAGGAGCCGUGGAUGAGCUGCUCCAGCUCAGUCCACUGGAUUGUGCUAUUCCUCUCCCGGCUCAGUGUCCUACAACACCAGUUAAUGAAACCAGACUUUGUGAAGGUGUUAACAGCACUGUCCUGCAGUCCCAUCUGGCAGCUGGACUGGUCCCCUGUAACGUCAGUCUGGAGCAGUAUGCCUGUGCAGAGCUGCCAGGACUCACUGCCCAGCACCUGACCCAGCUCCUGGUGUGCCAGCUGUCCAGCAACAGGACCUACUCCAAGGAGACCUGGAAGCUGCUCCUCACCAAGACCUCAGAUGUUCUGGAUGAAGCUCUCAUCAUGUUCUCACACAUGGCCUCCAACAUGUCUCUGAGUUUGAUGGGUCCAUCUGUGACUGAUGUCCUGGAUAUUCUUGGGGAGCUCCGUCUGGAGCUGCUCAGUGACACGCAGUGGGAAGACCUCGACUUCAUCUCCUCCCUGUUCGGUGACAGUCUGCGGCCGUUCUUGCCCUUCGCCUCAGGAGAACUUCUCCACUGUGUCAGCAGGAGGAACCUCACCUGUGAAACCUACCAGUACAUUGUGGGUGAGCUGAGUCAUCAGUUUGAUCACAUGACAGAGGAGCAGGCCGAGGGUGUCAUCAAGUUCUUCAUCCUGCCCUACCUGUCCAGGAACACAUCAGAUCCAGGAUGUAUCUCCAACAACAGCAUGGAGUGGCUUGUCAACAACUAUGGGCAAUUCUCUGGCCUCGUCCCACUCAAAAGUCUACUCGAUGGCAACAAGUACUUCAAUCCGCUGUCCGUCCUGGCGCUGCUCUCUCCCAAGCAGAAGGCGGAGCUAAUCCUCCUGCCUCUCCAUGGACUUCCUCCCAAACAGGAAGUCAUCAGGGUCGUCUUCAACCACCUCCUGCAGGCUCCCCUGCAGACACAGAUGCCCGAGGUCCUGCAACAUCUAGUCACGAUCUCAGAAGAGAACGAGAUACCGUGCCUUACCCUUCAGUCAGUAUCCGAGAACCUGUUCCUGGGUCUGUCAUUUGUGCCUCUUGAGUUGGAGCACAUCAUCUACACAACUGUAGAUCAACUUAGAGGGAACUCACCACCAGGUUGUGUACUUCCACGGCCACCUUCAUGUCCUUUCACAAGGAUAAAUGAGUCUGAAAUUUGCCACAGGUCCAACAGCUCUGGGCUGCAGCAUCUCUUGGAUGCGGGACAAGUACCCUGCCAGUACAGCGUGUCACAGUACGCAUGCGCUGAGCUGUCAGGACUCACUGCCCGGCACCUGACCCAGCUCCUGGUCUGCCAGCUGUCCAGUGACAGGACUUACUCCAAGGGGACCUGGAAGCUGCUCCUCACCAAGACCUCAGAUGUUCUGGAUGAAGCUCUCAUCAUGUUCUCACACAUGGCCUCCAACAUGUCUCUGAGUUUGAUGGGUCCAUCUGUGACUGAUGUCUUGGAUAUUCUUGGGGAGCUCCGUCUGGAGUCUCUCAGUGACAUGCAGUGGGAAGACCUCGACUUCAUCUCCUCACUGUUCGGUGACAGUCUGCGGCCGUUCUUGCCGUUUGUCUCUGGAGACCUCCUGGAGUGUGUCAGCAGCAAGAACCUCUCCUGUGAAACCUACCAGUACAUUGUGGGUGAGCUGAGUCAUCAUUUUGAUGACAUGACAGAGGAGCAGGCCGAGGGUGUCAUCAGGUUCUUCAUCCUGCCCUUCCUGACCAGGAACACAUCAGACUCUGGAUGCUUCUCCAACAACAGCAUGGAAUGGCUUGCAGAUAACUAUGGACGAUUCUCUAGCCUUGUUUCUCUCGAAAGUCUGUUGGAUCUCAACCAGGACUUUGAUCCACUGGAAGUGCUGGAUCUUCUCAGUCCAAAGCAGAUGGCGGAGUUGAUGGUUCUGCCUCUCCCUCUUGCCCAAGAGAAAGAUGAGGUCAUCAACACAGUGCUGGAUCACGUACUGGAGUCGCCUGUGGAGAGGAGUCUUCCGGCAGUUCUUGCUGUCACCAUCGUCCUUGCCGCACAGGCUGACCUACCUUGCGAGUUCUACCUGACAAUAAUCCCAAGACUUGGUGAGUCUGUGGCAUCAGUACCAGGAUUUCUGGAGCCCAUCAUCAGAGGAGCUGUGGAGCAGCUGAUCCAGCUCAGUCCAAUAGAUUGCUAUAGUCCUGUUCCUCUCCCAACUCAGUGUCCUACAACACCAGUUAAUGAAACCAGACUUUGUGAAGGUGUUAACAGCACCGUCCUGCAGUCCCAUCUGGCAGCUGGACUGGUCCCCUGUAACGUCAGUCUGGAGCAGUAUGCCUGUGCAGAGCUGUCAGGAUUCACUGCUCAACACCUGACCCACCUCCUGGUCUGCAAGUUGUCCAGCAACAUGACCUACUCCAAGGGGACCUGGAAGCUGCUCCUCACCAAGACCUCAGAUGUUCUGGAUGAAGCUCUCAUCAUGUUCUCACGCAUGGCCUCCAACAUGUCUCUGAGUUUGAUGGGUCCAUCUGUGACUGAUGUCCUGGAUGUUCUUGGAGAACUCCGCCUGGAGCCGCUCGGUGACACGCAGUGGGAAGACCUCGACUUCAUCUCCUCACUGUUCGGUGACAGUCUGCGGCCGUUCUUGCCGUUCGCCUCAGGAGACCUUCUCCACUGUGUCAGCAGGAGGAACCUCACCUGUGAAACCUACCAGUACAUUGUGGGUGAGCUGAGUUAUCAGUUCGAUCACAUGACAGAGGAGCAGACAGAAAACGUCGUCAAGUUCUUCAUCCUGCCCUACCUGUCCAGGAACACAUCAGAUCCAGGAUGUAUCUCCAACAAUAGCAUGGAGUGGCUUGUCAACAACUACGGACAAUUCUCUGGCCUUGUUCCCCUCAAAAGUCUACUUGAUGUCAACAAGAACUUCGAUUCGCUCUCCGUCCUGGUGCUGCUCUCUUCCCAGCAGAAGGCGGAGCUAAUCCUCCUGCCUCUCGGUGGCGUUCCCCCCGAUCAGGAAGUCAUCAGUGUGGUCUUCAACCACCUGCUAGAGGCUCCUGUGGAGACACAGAUGCCCGAGGUCCUGCAUCAGCUAGUCAUCAUCUCCCAAAAGAACGAGAUACUGUGUCUCACCCUUCAGUUAGUAUCCGAGAACCUGUUCCUGGGUCUGUCAUAUGUGCCUCUUGAGUUGGAGCACAUCAUCUACACAACUGUAGAUCAGCUUAGAGGGAACUCACCACCAGGUUGUGUUCUUCCACGGCCACCUUCAUGUCCUUUCACAAGAGUUAAUGAGACUGGAAUUUGCUACAGGACAAACAGCUCUGGGCUGCAGCAUCUCUUGGAUGAGGGACAAGUACCCUGCCAGUACAGCGUGUCACAGUACGCUUGCGCUGAGCUGUCAGGACUCACUGCCCAGCACCUGACUGAGCUCCUGGUGUGCCAGCUGUCCAGCAACAGGACUUACUCCAAGGGGACCUGGAAGCUGCUCCUCACCAAGACCUCAGAUGUUCUGGAUGAAGCUCUCAUCAUGUUCUCACACGUGGCCUCCAACAUGUCUCUGAGUUUGAUGGGUCCAUCUGUGACUGAUGUCCUGGAUAUUCUCGGAGAGCUCCGUCUGGAGUCGGUCAGUGACACGCAGUGGCAAGACCUCGACUUCAUCUCAUCCCUGUUCGGUGACAGUCUGCGGCCGUUCUUGCCAUUCGCCUCUAGAGACCUCCUGGAGUGUGUCAGCAACAAGAACCUCUCCUGUGAAACCUACCAGUACAUUGUGGGUGAGCUGAGUCAUCAUUUUGAUGACAUGACAGAGGAGCAGGCCGAGGGUGUCAUCAGGUUCUUCAUCCUGCCCUUCCUGACCAGGAACACAUCAGACUCUGGAUGCUUCUCCAACAACAGCAUGGAAUGGCUUGCAGAUAACUAUGGACGAUUCUCUGCCCUUGUUUCUCUCGAAAGUCUGUUGGAUCUCAACCAGGACUUUGAUCCACUGGAAGUGCUGGAUCUUCUCAGUCCAAAGCAGAUGGCUGGGUUGAUGGUUCUGCCUCUCCCUCUUGCCCAAGGGAAAGAUGAGGUCAUCCACGGUGUGCUGGAUAACGUACUGGAGUCACCUGUGGAGAAGGAACUCCCGGAAGUUCUUGACCAAACCAUCGCCCUUGCCACAGAGUUUGGAGCACCUUGUGAGUUUUAUCAAGUAAUAACCCCGAGGCUCAGAGAGGCCCUGAGUUCAGUACCAACGGAGCUGGAGCCUGUCGUCAGAAGAGCUGUGGAGCAGCUGCUCCGCCUCAGUCCGAGAGAUUGCAUUUUGCCUCUUCCAGCUGAGUGUCCAACAACACCAGUCAAUGUGAGCCGAAUUUGCGAUGGUGCAAACAGCACCGUCCUGCAGUCUCAUCUGGCAGCUGGACUGGUCCCCUGUAACGUCAGUCUGGAGCAGUAUGCCUGUGCAGAGCUGUCAGGGUUCACUGCACAGCACCUGGCUCAGCUCCUGGUCUGCAAGCUGUCCAGCAACAUGACCUACUCCAAGGAGACCUGGAAGCUGCUCCUCACCAAGACCUCAGAUGUUCUGGAUGAAGCUCUCAUCAUGUUCUCACACAUGGCCUCCAACAUGUCUCUGAGUUUGAUGGGUCCAUCUGUGACUGAUGUCCUGGAUGUUCUUGGAGAACUCCGUCUGGAGUCGCUCAGUGACACGCAGUGGGAAGACCUCGACUUCAUCUCCUCACUGUUCGGUGACAGUCUGCGGCCGUUCUUGCCGUUCGCCUCAGUGGAACUUCUCCACUGUGUCAGCAGGAGGAACCUCACCUGUGAAACCUACCAGUACAUUGUGGGUGAGCUGAGUCAUCAGUUUGAUCACAUGACAGAGGAGCAGGCCGAGGGUGUCAUCAAGUUCUUCAUCCUGCCCUACCUGUCCAGAAACACAUCAGAUCCUGGAUGCAUUUCCAACGACAGCUUGGCCUGGCUUCUCAACAACUUUGGACAAUUCUCUGUCCUCGUCUCUCUCACAACUCUGGCCAAUCUCAACGGGCAGUAUGAUCCACUGUCCGUCCUGGCGCUGCUCUCUUCCCAGCAGAAGGCGGAGCUUAUCCUCCUGCCUCUCGGUGGCGUUCCCCCCGAUCAGGAAGUCAUCAGUGUGGUCUUCAACCACCUGCUAGAGGCUCCCGUGGAGACACAGAUGCCCGAGGUCCUGCAUCAGCUAGUCAUCAUCUCGCAACAGAUCGAGAUUCCAUGUUACAUACUCCAGUUAGUAUUGGAGAACCUGAACGUGGCCCUGUUGUCUGUGCCCCUGGAGCUGGAGGACGUCAUCUUCACCACCGCAAAGAAACUGAGAGCGAACGCACCACUAGGUUGCAGGCUUCCUCUGCCACCUUCUUGUCCUAUCACAAAGAUCAAUGAGAGCGAGAUCUGUAACAAGAUUAACAGCUCUGGGCUGCAGCAUCUCUUGGAUGAGGGACAAGUACCCUGCCAGUACAGCGUGUCACAGUACGCUUGCGCUGAGCUGUCAGGACUUACUGCACAUAACCUGACCCACCUCCUGAUGUGCAAGCUGUCCAGCAACAUGACCUACUCCAAGGGGACCUGGAAGCUGCUCCUCACCAAGACCUCAGAUGUUCUGGAUGAAGCUCUCGCCAUGUUCUCACACAUGGCCUCCAACAUGUCUCGUCCCGUGUUCGGACCUUCUGUAUCCGCCGUGUUGGACGUCCUCGGUGAGAUCCGGCUGGACACGUUCAGCCCCGAGGACUGGAGCGAUGUGGACUUUGUGUCCACGCUGUUCGGGGACAGCCUGCGGCCGUUCCUACCCUUCGCCUCCGGCAGCCUCCUGCACUGCGUGAGCAGCCAGGACCUCACGUGCAAGACCUAUCAACACAUAGUGAGCGAGUUCAGCCUUCAUUUCGACCGCAUGAAUGAAAUGCAGAGGGGCGCAGUACUUCGAUUCUUCAUCUUCCCCUUCCUGAACAAAACAAGCUCCAUUGGUGGCUGCAACAAUAAUGACAGUGUGGAGUGGCUGGUGAACAACUUCGGGGCCUUCUCAAGCAUACCAAGCCUGGUGGAGCUGGUUGAGGCCAACCCACACUUUGAUCCGCUGGCUGUGCUCGCCGUCAUCUCCCCCAAACAGACGGCCGAGCUGAUGGUUGGGCCCCCGCGGGAUCCUGCGGACGCGGCCGAGGUCAUCGACCAGGUGUUCGACCACCUGCUGGAGGCUCCGGAGGACGGCCGGCUCACCGCCGUCCUGCACUACCUCGUGCUGUUCUCACAGGAGGUCCUGAUACCAUGCCCAUCCUAUCAAGCAAUUUUCCGAAGGCUAGACCAAGCGUCUUUGUCUCCCGCUCUGGAAGCUGUUGUCUUGGACACCACCAGCCAGCUGAGACCCUCCGUGCCACAAGGUUGCCAGCUGCCUAUUACAGCCUCGUGUCCAGCCACCCUUGUCAAUGAGACAAGACUGUGUGCUGAUAUCAACAGUGACGAGUUGAUGUCAUCCUUGUCAUCGGGAAUCAUUCCCUGUAACGUCAGUCUUGAGACAUUUGCCUGUGCAGACCUAUCAGGGUUCACUGCACAGCACCUGACCCAGCUUCUGAUAUGCAAGCUGUCCAGCAACAGGACUUACUCCAAGGAGACCUGGAAGCUGCUCCUCACCAAGACCUCAGAUGUUCUGGAUGAAGCUCUCAUCAUGUUCUCACGCAUGGCCUCCAACAUGUCACUUGCGAUUGGUGGUCCAUCCGCAACCAAUCUCCUGGAUGUGCUGGGUGAGAUCCGACUGGACAGGUUUGCCUCGGACGACUGGAGUGACAUAUCUUUCGUCACGACCCUGUUCGGUGACAGUCUUCGGCCGUUCUUGCCGUUCGCGUCAGGAGACCUCCUGCACUGCGUCAGCAGGAAGAACCUGACCUGUGAAACCUACCAGCACAUAGUGGGAGAGUUCGAUCAGCAGUUUGACCACAUCCCUGAGCCACGCAGAGAGGCUGUCCUCGACUUCUUCAUCAAACCGUUCCUGGCCAGAAACGCCUCAGCGUGCCGCACAAAUGACAGCGUGGCGUGGCUUCUCAACAACUUUGGGCGGUUCUCCAUCUUGGUGCCUCUCAGGGACCUCCUCGCCCUCAACGACCUCUUUGAUCCUGUGGCAGCCCUGGCCUAUCUCUCCCCCAGACAGAUGGCUGAGCUGGUCGUUCUUCCUCAUAGAAACAUGGCCAUCCACGCGGUGUUCGACGCUCUCACUCAGCCUCCAAGGGACGCCCAGUUUCCAGAGUUCCUUCAACACCUCACCAUGCUCUCUCGAGAGGUCAUGAUCCCAUGUGACUCCUAUAAGACCAUCUUUGAGAGGCUACACUUGGCCUUGUCGUCUGCUCCUGGUGAUGUCGAGCCUGUGGUCUGGGCCGCUAUACGCAAUCUGAAGCAGACCGCACCACCAGAGUGCGUACCUGAAAUUGAGUGUCCAGUGACAAUGGUUAAUGAGACCAUGAUGUGUAUGGGGGUGGAUAGUUCUGGACUGCAGCAACAUCUAGAGGCUGGAGCAGGAAUUGAAGUCCUUUGCGGCCUCGAUCUACAUGAGUUUGCCUGCGCAGAACUGUCAGGACUCACUGCACAAAACCUGACUGAGCUCCUGGUCUGCAAGCUGGCCAGCAACAGGACUUACUCCAGGGAGACCUGGAAGCUGCUCCUUACCAAAUCCUCUGCCGUUUUGGAUGAGGCUCUCAUUAUGUUUGCACACAAAGCCUCCAACAUGUCGCUGUCCAUCCACGGCCCGUCUGCGUCCGCGGCCCUGGACGCCCUGCGGGAGAUCCGUCUGGACCGGCUGACCCCGGAGCAGUGGCAGCAGGCCAACCUGACCACGGCGCUGUUCGCCGACAGCCUCGCACCCUUCCUGUCCUUCGCCUCGCCGCAGCUCCUGAGCUGCGUCGUCGACAACCUCAGCUGCGGCACCUACCAGUACAUGGUGAGCCUAUUCAGCCAUGGAUUUGAUCUCAUGGAUGAGAGUCACAGAGAGAGGGUUCUGGAGGAUUUCAUCAAGGUGUACCUGACCAACAACUCAGCAUGCCUCUCCAAUGACAGCGUGGAAUGGCUGCAGCAGAACCUUGGGCAGUUCUCAGGCCUGUUGAGCAUCGGCGAUCUGCUCCAACUCAACAUGAACUUCCGUCCACUGGCAGCCCUGGCAGUCCUGUCUCCGCGCCAGAUAGCGGAGCUGAUGGUUCGUCCUUUCCCUGGUCUCCCAGGACAGGCUGAGGUCAUCAACGUCGUCUUUGACCACUUGACUGCGAAUGGACAGAAACUUCCGGAAGUUCUUCACCCACUGGUCACUCUCUCUGAAGAGGUCAUGAUACCUUGUGAAGCCUAUAAAGCACUUUUUGAGCGUCUGUAUAAGAUCCUGCCCUACGAGCCUCGGGAGGUCGAGCCACUCAUUUGGGCCACCAUAGACGACCUGAUGCAAACAUCACCCAUAGCCUGCAUACCCGUGGACCUGACCUGUCCCAUCACACCAUUCAACGACUCUGGAUUAUGUGCCGACAUUGAUAGCUCCGCCCUUCAGACUCAGCUGGCAGCUGGAGUGAUCAUGUGCAACUACAGUGUGGAGCAGUAUGCCUGUGCACAGCUGGGAGGGCUGAGUGCGGCACACCUGGUCUCGGUGAUGCAGUGCCAGCUGUCCAAGGACACCAUCCAGUCCAAGGAGUCGUGGAAGGUGCUGCUCACCAAGGCCUCCGCCGUUCUGGACGAGGCCCUGACCAUGCUGUCCAACAUGUCCUUCAGCGGCCCGUCGGUUCCUCUGGUUCUGGACGUGAUCCGAGAGGUGCGCUUGGACCUGCUGGACCCGCCCGAGCUGCAGGACGUCGCCGUGGUCUCCGCCUGGUUCGGCCAGCGCCUGCGGCCCUUCCUGUCCUCGGCCUCCAGCAUCUUCCUGCACUGCGUCAGCAGCAGGAACCUCAGCUGCGCCACCUACCAGCAUGUGCUGGAGCAGUUCGGUCAUCACUUCGGUUCCAUGGAGAAGAGCCGUGCCAUGAUGGUGCUGAAAUAUUACAUCCGCCCCUUCCUCAACUCAACAGGAGCGUGUGCCACCAACAACAGUGCGGUGUGGUUGCAAGAGAACCUCGGGCCUUUCUCAGUGUUCGUCCCUGUGGCCGAGCUGGUCUCCCUCAACCCACAGUUCAACCCGCUGGCCGUGGUGGAGGUCCUCUCCCCUCAACAGACAGCUGAGCUGAUGGUGCUGACCUCACCUGGCCUUCCUGACCGAGAGCAGGUGAUCAACAGCGUCUUCGACUACCUGCUGGCCGCGCCCAUGCAGAACGGCCUGCCGCAGGUCCUCCAGAGCCUGGCCACCCUCGUCGUCACGGUACCCCUGAACUGUAGCUCCUACCAGACCAUCUUCAAGAGACUGAAUGGUGUGCUGACAUCAUCACCGGGCGCCCUGGAGCCAGUGAUCUGGGAGAGCAUCUAUGACCUCUCGGCUACAGCUCCAGCAGCUUGCCCACUGUUCAUGCCCAAUAGCCAGUGUCCCAUCACCCCACAUGACGAGUCUGUGGUGUGCAAUGGAGUGAACAGCACCCUUGUGCAGCAGUCACUGGACAUGGGAAAUGUGGACGUGUGUGGCUUCAGCAUCCCAGAGCUCGCCUGCGCUCAGUGGUCCAACGUGUCCACGGCUCACCUGGUGGCCCUGCUCCAGUGCCAGCUCUCCAGCUCCAGCGCUGGGCCCAGAGGGGCCUGGAAGCUCCUGCUGACCAAAGCCUCCGCCAGCCUGGACCAGGCCCUGCUCGUCUACGCCAACCAGACGGAGUCCGUUCAGGGUCCCUCUGUUGCGGUGGUUCUGGACGUCAUCCGCGAGGUCCAGUUGGACCGGUUCCGGCCGGAGGAGCUGCGAGACGGCAGCUUCAUGUCCGAGUGGUUUAUGGGACGGCUGCGGCCGCUCCUCUCCUCGGCGUCGCCAGGCUUCCUGAGCUGCAUCAGCAGCAAGAACCUCAGCUGCUCCUCCUACCAGCACGUACUCCAGGCCUUCAGUAAGCAGCAGCCCCACAUGAGCCCUGCCCAGAUGGACGUCGUCUUCUCACACUUCAUCACACCCUUCCUGUCCAGGACCUCAGCUUGUGCCUCCAACAACAGUGUCACAUGGCUUCAGAGCAACUUGGGACCGUUUUCUGUCCUUGCAAACACAUCUGUUCUGCUUCAACUCAAUGACCUCUUCAAGCCGUUGGAGGCGCUGGUCGUCCUGUCCCCUGGUCAGGUGGCGGAGCUGAUGGUGGCCCCCCUGCCUGGCCUGUCCGAUAAGGAGGCCGUCAUAAACGGCGUGUUCGACUACCUGGCCACAGCACCUGCGGACAAUAUGCUUCCGGAAGUCCUCCAGAGCCUCGUCACGCUUUCUGCAGAACCGGGAGCCAUUCCUUGCUCUUCCUACAAAGUCCUGUUUAACCGGAUGGAUCAGCUCAUCCCUGUGGUGACUGUUGCCCUGGAGACGUCCAUCACCGCCGCCAAGACCACCCUCCUCACCAGAGUCCCAUCAGGUUGUGUUAUCUACAGUGGAGAGUGCAAUGUCACGCCGGUUGAUGAGACAACAAUCUGCAGCAGUAUCAACAGCACGGCGCUGCAGCUUCACCUGGACAGCAGGCAAGGGUCCAGCGCUCUGUGUGGCUUCAGCAUCGCACAGUACGCUUGUGCACAGCUGUCCACGUUGACGGCUCAAGACCUGGUGACAUUGUUAACGUGCAAAACGAGUGAGGAUCAACCCAAAGCGACCUGGAAGCUUUUCAUCACCAAAGUCAAUCCCAUCCUUGGUCAUGCCCUGGACCUCUUCAGCAGCACGAAUCUCACUGCCAGUCCCGCCGUGUCGAGCGUCCUGGACGCGAUCGGCGAGGUCACCUUCAGCAGCUUCAGCGCUGCCCAUGUGCGGGACGUGGCGUACGUGAACCGCUGGAUCGGGACGCGCCUCAGGCCCUUCCUGUCCUCCGCCAGCCCGUCCUUCCUGUCCUGCCUGGCCACCAAAGACUUCAGCUGCCAGACCUACCAGAGCGUUGUGCAGGCCAUGGGGCAGGUGUAUGGAGAGAUGCUCAACUCUACUCUGGUCUACACAGACUUCAUCGAGGUCUUCCUCAACAAGUCAGCCUGUACCGCUGGCAUUGCGAACAGCGCUGACUGGCUGGAGAAGAACUUCGGGCCGUUCUCAGCUGCUGCCUCUGUCGUGGACUUGCAGAGACUGCAUGGCAGCUUCAAUCUGAUUGAGGCCCUGCCCCGACUGGUCCUGAGGCAGCUAGUGGAGGCCUCCGCCACCCCCGGCCUGCUGACCAGCCCCGCCGACGUCACCGCCCUGCUGGGCGUCGUCCCCGACCAGCUGCUGGCCAGCUACUUCGACAUGCUGUCUCCCGCCGCCCAGGCAAAUCCAAUCGCUGCACCGCUCCGCUCAGCCAUGCUGCAGCAGGUGUUCGAUCGGGCCAACCUGUCGGAGUCAUCCGUGCCCGACGCCGAGGUGCUGGUGUGGCUAAACGACCGCGUGACGUUCCUGUUGCCCGAUCUCUCGCCCAGCCACGUGUCGCCGUACUUCGACAUCAUCAGAGCGCGACAGUGCGACACCAGCCAGCAGGCUGUGGCCCUACUGAACGCCACCCUGGCCACGCUAGGCGAUGACACUCAGACCCAGGUGUACGGCCAGAUCAUGUCACUACUCACAGAGCCCUCACCUCUGCGUUGCUACAGCAGCGGAAGCUUCUACUCCUUCCUGGAGACGUCCUUCCUGGGCUUCCAGUUCCCCAACCUGACCACCUUCCUCGCCCUCAUGCCAGCCAGCCGCAAGACAGAGCUGAUGAACUCCAUCCCGCCCGCCCAACUGGGCAGCUUCCUGCGAAGGCCGGGCACCGUGGACGACAUGGGCAAAGUCUGCCAGCUCUUUGAUGGCUACACUGAGACACUGCAGUUCCUGGAGACGGAGAAGGUUCCGGAGAUGGUCCAGCCGUACAUCCUGCCUUGCGUGUGGCCCCGGGCCCUGGCCGCCGACUCCGUGGCCGAGGUUGACCGCUGGUUCGACGCCGGACUGAGCUCCUAUCUCCGCUUCCUCAACAAAGACCUCGUCAGCUACGCCACGGUCCAGAGCGCCAACUGUCUGGCCUUCGGGAAGUUUGUUACUGUGGCAGGAACGCAUAACUACACCUCCGCUGACUUCACCCGACAGGAUGUGUACUCAACAAUACAGAGCUACCUCUCCGUAGCUCCCACACCAAGGUGCUACGACCCGGCUGUUCCUGAGCUGGCCUCCACCGCCUGGUUCGCCAACUGCAUCGGCAGCUUCGUCACGUUCAUCUCCCUGGAGGAUCUCAACGCUUACGGUGGCGCAAGUCUCCAACCCUUCACCACCAACCUGCAGAACCUGCAGCUCUUCAACCAGAGCUCCCUGCCGCUGAACGUCACCACCUUCUACGUGGAGCUGCUCUACUUGGAGGACCCCACCUUCAACGCCAUCCAUCUCCCGCUGGCGUUCCGCUGUGAGGCCCCUGCCUUGGGCUUCGCCAACCUGACUCUGGACCAGACCAUGGCCAUCUCCUCCGUCCUCUACGACACCUGCAGCGACAUCGACCAGGACGUGUCCUCGGCCCUCAGCAGCAACGUGGAGACCAUCUCGCCCACGUGCAUCUCCAUGCUGGGCAACUCCAGCACGGGCUUCAGCACGGGCCAGCUGAGCGCCGCCAGCCCCGCCGUCCUCUUCUCCUCGCUCAGCACGCUCAGCACCGUGGUGGGCUGGAACCAGGGCCAGGCCAUGACCCUCGUGCAGCAGCUCCUCAACUCCGGCAGCUUCACGAUCACAAACAGUAACGAUCUCUGGAGUCUGGGUACCCUCAUCUCAGGCGUUCCCUCGGCAACCAUCAACAGCAUCAGUGCCAGUGAGAUCAUCACCGCCACACAGUCCACAACGCUGGUCAACAACCUCAUGACCGCACCCACCAUUAUCCAGCAGACGUUCGUCAGCAAAAUCAUCUCUGUCAGCACAACGAGCACCUCCAUCAUUACUAACGUGCCCAACACCUUGGCAACACAAAUCCCGAGGAACUUCCUGCAGGACUUUACCUCGACGACGGAGGUGGCCACCACACUGAACCAGAAGACCUGGACGCAGAGUCAGUCUGUUCUGGUCUUUGAUACUGUUGCAAACGCCAUAGACAAUGCAAAUGACAUCUCGUUCCAAGUGCUGCAGGGCUUCACCUGUACCCGCGUGCGCACCCUCACCAAGAUCAGGAUCAAGAGCCUCAUCAGAGGCUGCAGGAGGCGCAACAGAAUCAAGCUCAAACUCAAGCAGACACAGUUGACUUGCAUGUACUAUCAAAUCCGAGGUGAAGCGGAUGCCUCCGACUAUUCAACCUACCCUGCAGAUAUGCUGCUGUACUAUAAUUAUACCCAGGUGGACAACUGUACAAACUACUUUGCUGAGAUGGGUUUUGCGGACUACACAUCACUGUCCAAUGCCUUUGAGCCCCGCCGGACCUUGCAUAUCAACAAUGCCAAAACCUGUUUGGGCAUCACCGGGUUUAACCUCAGUGUUGCGAACAUGAACAUCCUCGGCAACAUGGUGUGCAUAAUGUCUGGUUCCUACGUGGAGAACUCCGACCCCGCCAUCCUGGAGAAGCUGAAGAACUGCCCAGACCUGUCCACUUCCCUGGUCUCUGGCAUGGAGACGGUUCUCCUGUCGGGCAAUACUACAUAUGGCAUUCCAUCAACAUGGACACGGGUCACUCUUAGGUCUUUGGACCCUCUGCCUUGGUACUUCACGUCCAAUCUGUGGAAGGAGGUCCAAAGGAGGGAGGGCCGCAGAUUUAUAAAGAGCUUCAUCAAACAGUACAGACGCCAAGUUCCCAGGAGUAAGAUCAAAUACUUGCGAAGGCAAUGGCGACAGUCUCGUCGAGCCAAGCGAGACACAGCCGUCGAGUGCACCGUUGGAACCAUCACCCAGGUGGAGAUCAACGACGACGCCUUCCCCAUCGACUACGACGCCACGCAGUUCAACGCCUGCUUGAGCCUCACCGUCCUCAAGGACAAUCUGCCAGCCGUCACAGACAAGGCCGACGAGGAGGACUACCAUCAGAUCAUUCUGCAGAAGUUGAAUCAGGUCUACCCAGGUGGCUUCUCAGACGACGUGCUCCAGAUGCUGGGGCCUGUGUCCCGUGGGGCGACCACCGAUGACAUCAGCAAGUGGAACAUCACCAAAAUCGACACUCUGGCCUCUUUGAUGACGACGUCGGACGGAGACUGGUCAGAAAAUCAGACCAAAGCCAUCAUGACUAAGUACCUUGCUGCAUCGAACAGCAUUGACAGUUCGGUUCUGAAUUCUCUGGGCGGUUCUGGUGUGUGUUUCCUGGAGACCAGCACUCUGGAGAGCAUCACCUCCAGCAGCCUGCAGCAAGCCGAUGAGCUGACCGUCAGCAGCUGCAGCCUGGCCAAGAAGAAGGUCCUGUUCCCCAUCGCCCAGGCCGCCUUCAUCAACCAGACCCGCGCCGCCGCGAGGGCCACCGACACCGUCACCGCCACCGAGUACCAGCUCGUCCAGUCCUACCUGGGUGGUGCCAGCGAGUCCUUUGUACGAACCCUGGUCUCCUCCAAUGUCGACAUGGAUAUUGACACCUUCCUCGCUCUAGACCAGAGUGUCAUCCAGACGCUCAGCGUGACGGACGUGAAGAGCCUGCUGGGAGACACCAACGUGAACGACCUGAGCACCUACUCCAGCGACGCCGUCGUCCAGGACUGGAUCAGCCGCCAGCUCCAGACCGACCUGGACACCCUGGGCCUGGGGCUCACCGGGGGACGCGCCACCGACACCACCACCGCCGCAACCGCCGCCGCCACCACCGCCGCCGGCUCUGUCACCAACGCGCCCGCAGCCACCACGGCGGCAGCGGCCGCCACCACCACCACCACCACCACCACUGCAGCGGGAGGAGCCACAACAGCCAACACCACGGCUGGAGCAGCAACUGUCAGCCCUGCCAGAAGCCUGUACUGCCUCCUACUGGCCACAGUUGUCUCUGCACUUUACCUUCUCCAGUAAUGAAGCAUCUUUUGCCAAGAGCACUGAAGGAAAGCCAAACCAGUUUACAGUCCUAUUUAUAAUAUUAUGCACAUUGUGGCCUUGUUCUUAGAACACUGCCACACAUAUGGAAGGUACAAAUGGAAUGUGAUCUCAGCAACGCUUUACUGGAACAAUGCGUCAUAAGACUGACAUAACCCUGUCAUAAGACAUUAGGUCAAACGUUAUAAUGUUACUAAGCUACCAUGACAUCAUACUGUCAUCGCGAUCAUGGAAUAUGAUAUGACGUUGUUACGUCACUAAUUAUUGGUCACCAUUGGCCUCUGACGGCACAAGGCAUCUGCAGUGCCCAGUUUAUGUCAGUCUUCUGAAGCAGGGCUCAAUUAAAGUGUGAGCAUACCGUCAGCACUUAUUCUUAGUUUUGUGUGAUUAUGGGUUGUGUUUUGUUUUCUUAUUUCUUAGAUUUUUUAAAAAACUUUUUACAUUUAAUUUUCUCAGGUUGUCAGUUCAAGUGCUGUCACUUUCCAUAUUAGACUGCACUCUUAAUUUGUGUCUUCAUCUUUAUGCACUCCAAUUAAUAUUAAAAAAAAGAACCUGUUGUUUGUCAGCAGAAUGUGAUUCAUUGUCAGAAGAAAAUGAUAAUCAUGUUUCCCUUUCCUCAUACAAAAUGUUGCACUUUUAUUUUUUAUAGACCUAUACUUUUUUUUGCUAAAAAUGAAAGAUUUUCUAAAGGAAAUGUAAUCAAACAAUAAAAACAUUCUAUCACUCUUAAAUAUCA